GGAGCCACGUGGCGUCCAGCUCUCGGCCUUGGGGCCAUCGGGUCGCUGGCGGGGCCGCCUCCCCCCCAUGAGCGCGCGGAGGGGCCUGGCGGGCCUCGCCUUCUGCGCCUGCUUCCUGGCGGCCCACCUCACCAACAAGUACGUCCUGUCUGUCUUGAAAUUCACCUGCCCUACAUUGUUCCAAGGGUGGCAGACGUUAGUUGGUGGACUUUUGCUUCAUGUGUCAUGGAGACUGGGCUGGGUGGAGAUCAACAGCAGUUCCAGGUACAAUGUCUUGGCGUGGCUUCCUGCUUCGGUGCUGUUUGUGGGUAUAAUAUACGCUGGUUCCAGAGCAUUAUCCAGACUGGCCAUUCCUAUGUUUCUCACUUUGCAUAAUGCAGCUGAAGUCAUCGUCUGUGGGCACGGGAUGUGUUUCCGGAAAGAGAAAACGCCUCCUGCCAAGAUCUGUAGCGCCCUCUUGCUGCUGGCCGCCGCGGGGAGCCUCCCCUUCAAUGACGCCCAGUUUGAUCCGGACGGGUACUUCUGGGCUGUGAUUCACUUGCUCUGUGUAGGGGCCUAUAAGAUCCUCCAGAAGUCCCCAAAAUUCGGUGCGUUAAGUGACAUUGACCAGCAGUACUUAAACUAUAUAUUCAGCGUGGCGCUCCUGGCCUCCGCAGCUCAUCCCACAGGUGACCUCCUCUGUGCCCGGGACUUCGCCUUGUUGUAUUUCUACAGAUUCCAUGGCAGCUGCUGCGCCAGCGGGCUCCUGGGGUUCCUCCUCACGCUCAGCGCCCUGAAGCUGAAGAGCCUGGCAGCCCCUGGGCAGUGUGCGGCCUGGCUGCUCCUGGCUCAGGAAAUUCCACAGCAGCAUCUACACCCGAGUGGUCUCUGUGUGAGAGCAUGACUAGUUCUGACCCCAUGGACGGUGGCAUGGCUGAGACGCUGGCUUCCCCAUGGUGGAGGAGCACGUGGACUCACCCUCCCCACGUCAACUGGAAAGCCAGACCAAGGCACGCUGACCACAGGCCCGUGGCACACAGCAGCCUGGUCCCUGAGAGUGGCUGCUCCCGGUGGGGACGGCUCUGGUGGUGCGUUCUUGCUCCCGUGCCUUCCUCCCCAGCUCUAUCCGUGUAAUAGUGGAACCAGAGCUAGGUGGCUGCGAAAACCACUGGCCUUGUUGGUGCUUCCAGAAUCUCCACGCACAGUAUUUUCAGUUAAAGGUUCUGUCCGUGUAAACGAGCAGGAAGAGCCAGGGCCCCACUGUCCUGGGCUCACAGCCCUCCGUGGUACACGCAGUGGACAGGGUCUGGCUGGGGACGUGGGGAGCUCGGGGUUGAGAGGCCCAUCGGGGACUGGACAACUCUGCAUGUGCCCCGGCUGACCCUGUCUGUGCUCCAGAAGCAGAGCCCCCACACUCCGCCCGCAGAGCCCGAGCGCACUCAUGGGAGGGAAAGCCGGGGACAUGAGCCCCCUGAGAUUCGGUGUGCUCCUGGCCACUCAGAGCCAGAAGCAGAGAGGUCUUUCCUGCUCCAGGUGUGUGAGUGCGCCCUCUGCCUAGGCUUUGCAGAACUCUGAGCAGUGCAGCCGGGGGUGACCAUGAGGAAAGCAGCUGAAGAAAACACAGGAAACGCGGUGAAGACCUCAGAGCUGCACCUUCCGUGGGAGACGGACCUUAAAGACUCCGUCCAGGCAGGUGACUGAGAAGCAGAACAGACGACAGCGCUCCCGCGGAGGUCAGCCCCAGAGCUGCCGCCGUGGCUACGUAAAGUGUCCGGUGUCCAGCGGAAAUUAGACGCUUUCCGAGAAACAGGAAGCGUGAUUUAUGCCAGGAAAGAGCCGUCAGGAGGAGCCUGUCUGUGUCCUCAGAUUUACAGCUCAGCAGGAAAAGACUGCGGUGCGGCUGUUCAAAUACAUUCAGACACAGAAAGGAAACCACAUUCAGAGAAUUCAAGGAAAGACAAUACAGAACCUCCGUAAAGAGGCCAAAUGAUUUUGAAAAAGAAAGCCAAAUGGGAAAUCUGGCGUUGAAAGUAACUGACAUGAAAUGACCGAUUUUCUAAAGGUAUUCAGUAAUAGAUUGGAGAUGACCCAGGAGGCCGAACAAAGGGAAUUCUUCGAUCUAAAGAACAAAGACUAAAAAAACCCUAAAAUAUAAACAGAGGCUUAGCGAUCUGUGGGACAUCAACCACAGCAAUGUCUAUAUAAGAAAUCCAGAAGAAGAAGAAAGAGAGGUAGAAAAAAAAAAAUAGUUUAAAUGGAUGACUUCUCAAAAAAAAACAAUGGAGGAUAACACAUUUAAUGUGUUGAGAGAAAAUGUCCAACCAGGAAUUCUCUAUACAGCAAAACUGUCCUUCAAAUAUGAAUGAGAAAGACAUUCCCAAUUAAAGAAAGGGAUUUUUGCUAGCAGUCCUAUCAAUAGUUACAUUAUAUGGGAAUAGACUAAAUAGCCCACUCAAAAGUCAGAGAUUGUCAGUCUGGAUAAAAAAGGAAGACCCAACUGUAUGCUGUCUAUAAGAGACACUUCUUAGAUUCAGAGACACAGAGAGGUUGAAAGUAAAAGGAUGGAAAAACAACCUUGCAAACAGUAGCCAUAAUGCAGCUAGCCCUAGUGACUAUUAAAAUCCAACUAGACUUCAGAUAGGAACUAUGCCUGGAGAAGGUUAAUAUGUUGGGAAGAUGUAACAGUUAUAAACACCCCUAACAACAGCAGCCCAAAGCAUACGAAGCAACAAGUGACAGAGCAGAAAGGAGGAGCAGUGACAGCUGGGAUUCCAGUGCUGUGGGAGUGCAGACCGGGGCAGCCACUGGAACACAGAGGAGCUUCCUCAGAAAAUUAAAAUGGAGCUGCCUUUUGACCCAGCGAUCCCACUUCUAGGAAUAAGAAUCCUGAAACACCAAUCAAAGAAUACGCACGCCCCUAUGUUCAUAGCAGCAUUAACUACAACAGCCACAAUCGGGAAACAGCCCAGUGCAGUGCCCAUCGGCAGGUGCAUGGAUAAAAAAAGCUGUGGUACAUCCACAUCAUGAACUACUACUCGGCCGUCAAAAAGAAGGAAGCCUUACCUUUUGCGACAGCAUGGUGGGCCCUGGAGAUUGUUGUGCUUAGUGAAAUAAGCCAGUCGGAGAAAGACAAAUACCAUGUGGUCCCAAUUACAUGUGGAAUCUAAUGAACAAAAUA